UCCCGAUCAACAAAGUUAUACUCUUCUCAUCACCGUAGAACUCUUGGGAAAUAGUGCACAAGAUUCCCCGCAACAAACAGAACAAACACGGCCGACCUCGGCUCUAAUGGCUGACAUAAUUACCGCUUUCCUGCCCGGAAACAAACACAACAAUGACAUCACCGAUUGCAGCCCGACCGACUAUCUACACAGUAGUGUCGUCUAUACCUCCAUAGCUACGCCAUAGCGUCGAAAUCCCCUUCCCAGCACACAAUCAUCCCUAGCUACUAUCACUCAAACGACCACCCAAAGCCGAUCGCCCUUAAACCUUUUCAGCAGCUGUGGAGAUCAUGGCGUUUGCGCGCAGACUCGCUAUUCUCCCAGGAGGCCUAGGAGGACUCGGAACCAGCAUAGGCAAGAAACUGCGCGAGCAAGGCGCCCGAAUCGCCAUCCUCUACGCACCCUUCGAGACAGCCCGGCGCGACGAGCUGCUACAAGCCGGCUACGCAGGCGUCUCCGCCCCCGAACGGGGCGAUAUUCGCGCCUAUGAAUGCGACAUCACCUCGCCGGAGUCGGUUGAGUCUGCGUUUGACGCCUUGUACCGGGACGCGGUGGCGCCUUCCUCGUCGUCGACGGGGGAGUGCGCCUUCCCCAGCAUCCUGAUCAACACGGCCGGCUAUGUAUCGCUGAGCGAUAUGGAGGCUACGCCGCCUGAGGAGACGCUCAAGCACCUGACGACGAAUAUUAUGGGUCCGAUGCUGUGCUCGCAGGCGUUCGCGAGGAUGUACUUCGCAGCGUCGCAGGCGGCUGCUGAGUCGUCGGCGCCGAGUCCCCCGCCUCCUGGACGCAUCGUGAGUAUCUCAUCGCAGGCGGCGCAUGCGGCGCUGCAUCGGCAUGGUGCGUACUGUGCGUCUAAGGCGGGGUUGCUGGGGUUGACGCGCAGUAUGGCGUCUGAGUGGGGUGGGCGCGGUAUCACGGCCAAUACGGUGUCGCCCACUGUGGCGUGGACGGAUCUCGGGAAGAAGGCUUGGGGAGAGGAGACCGUUCGAGAGGCCUUUUUGAAGACUAUACCGACUGGGAAGUUUGCUCUGCCGGAGGAGGUCGCUGAUGCGGUCAGCUUUCUUUGCCAGGACUCUAGCGGUAUGAUCAAUGGUGCGGAUAUUAGGGUUGAUGGUGGAUUUACUAUUAGAUAGUGUGGUAUAGACAUUGUGUAGAUACUGUGCCACUGUUUAGGGUGGCGUGAGCAUUUGGUUCUGGUCAUUCCUUGGAACAUACUUAGCUCGUUGGAUGGGAGGUUCUAGUAUACUUAUCCUACACAUUUAGCCCUCGCAACGCGCCAA